AUGGACAAGAAUUUAUCACUGGGUGCUGUUCAUGGGGUCAAGCUUGAUGACCCUCAGUGUAGACCUUGUUUCUUGGGUGUGCUGAAUCUGUCACUAUAUUGUCUAAUGCAAGGAUGCUGUGCCUUCUACAACCCUGACAUGCCCUCCAACCCCCACCCAGGAAAGCACGACAAGCAAGAGGAACAGACAGGCUCGCAUCGGGCACACCUGCAUGGUAUUUCCCAACCGGGGAUAAGCCCACAGACCCCCUUCCUUAGACUAUUAUCCUACCAGGGGCAGGCCCCCGGACCCCGUUCCUUUGAAUUUGAAUUAAAGCACAACCAGCGAGCUCAGGUGGUCACCACGAUGAUUUGUUAUGAGAUAAGGUUGGCAAAAAGAAAAGGAAAAAAUACAGGGUCUUCAUCAGAUGUAAAGUAUCAUCAAUUCAUUGAUCAGUGGAAGAUCUCAAUAGCAACAAUGUACGAGGGUAGUGCCAGCAUGCAACUUUGCAACCAGGAAUUCACCAAAGUCUACAUUAAAGAAGAACGCGACUUUGACCUCAAUGAAAAGACUAGUUUGAAAAUAAAAGAGGAGAGGCAUUUUGCUGUGAAGGACAGAAAUACUAUUUGUGUUAAGCAGGAGUUUGAUGUGGUUGUUAAAGAUGAAUACCAGUAUUUCGAAGAAGUUGAGUGCCAGGACAAUGUGAGAGGAACUUGUAGGGAGAGUGACAAUGAUGACUUCUUGUGCAACGGGAAGGGAGGUUCAGAUGCAGAUCCUCUAUCCACUUUUGUUUGUGUUGUUUGUGGCAUGCCAUUCUCCACAAAGUGCGAUCUAGAAAUCCACCAACAAAUACAUGUGGGUGGGAAGAGCUUGAGUUGCAAUGUGUGCAGAGCAUCCUUUGUGGAAGAGAGCCAGUUCCUGUUGCAUGUAAAAGGACACUCUGCUGACAUUCCUUUGAGAUGUGCAAUUUGCAGCAAAACUUUCCCAAAGAAAUGCAAGCUACUGAUACACAUGAGAGUCCACACUGGGGACAAGCCUUAUAGCUGCACUGUCUGCAACAAAAGGUUCACCCAAAAGGGAACACUGGGAACCCACAUGAGAUUACACGCAGGGCAGAAACCAUUCAGCUGUGAUAUCUGCAACAAAAAGUUUUCUCAAAAGGGUCAUCAAGUAAGGCACAUGAGAGUACAUACCGAUGAAAAGCCUUAUAGUUGUGAGAUAUGUAGUAAAAAUUUCUCUCAGAAAGACAGCCUGUCAACCCACAUGAGAGUUCAUACAGGUGAGAAGCCUUAUAUGUGUAAGCUAUGUCACAAGGAUUUCUUUUGGAAAAAUGGUCUUGUGAGACACAUGAGACAACACACAGGGGAUAGUCAGUAG